AUGCACGAUCAAUGGUAUUUCGGAAGUGAACAGAUUCCAGAUGGACUGUAUUUGAUCGAAGUUCUCCAGUCGGGCAAAUUUGUCACGUUUUCACCGGAACGUUCGACAUUAGUGCAGCAAGAUCAAAAUCUUGAAAACGAUGGUGAAUCACAAAUCUUUGAAAUUCAGCAUAUUGGCUACCGAGAUUUUAUCAUUCGACAUCAUGUAACCGGUUUUGUGCUUACUGUUCAUAACGGUUCACCAUCACCGUGUGCGCCAGUUGUACUUUGCCGUUAUUUAGGAGCUCGUACACCAUAUCAAACAGUCAAUUUCGAACGAUCGAAUGAUCAAUCAAAUGACAUGUUAAUAUACAUUAAACAUACACGUAUGGUCCUUGAUAUCGAUGGUGGGAGUCAAAAUUCGAACGCUCGUCUCCUUCAAGUUCCAUUGAAAAAACACAAUGCCGAUCAGACCGCUCAACGAUUUCGUUUACAUCGUGUUAGUGAGAAAAUCUCGCAGCAAUUAACGCCGACAAUUCCAACUGAAUUCUUUCGUUAA